ACCUGCGCCCUCGACCACAUUACAUGCACACUAAGAAAAGGAAAAGAAAACUAGGUCAGAAGAAGAAGGAAAGAAAGCCUAACAAAUAAGGAGAGGCUAAUAACAGCAGUGCCACGUGCCACCCAUUUGGAUAGAAAAUUCCAACAAUGAUCUGUCCAGCUACCCUGUUUGUGGUGCUUGCUGUCCAGAUGGUGUCAGUAGGAGGAGCUGCCCUGAAGUUGGAGGGGUCAGUGGAGAACGGAGCUACUGUUCUGAACCAUUCGAUGACCCUGGUGCAGCGCCUGGAGACUCUGCUGGCUCAAGGGAAUGGCAGCGACGUGAUCUUACGUAUUGUGACCCUCAGCACGGACGAGGUGAAAGUGAUCCAGGCACACUCACUGGUGCUCAGCUUGCAGAGCGACGUAUUCACUGAGCUCUUACACACAGCCAACUCCAGCAACCUCGUCGUCAGAGAAAGUGCCGACUCUGCUGCUGUCUUUGAUAAGUUCAUUAGGUACCUGUACUGCGGUGACAUCUCUGUGCACCUGGGCCAGGCAAUCCCAUUACAUAGGUUAGCGAGUAAGUACCAUGUUUGGUCCCUGCAGCAAGGAGUCACCCGUUAUAUGACACAGCAUUUGUCUAGUGAUUCUCCAACUGGACAUGUGGUAACCUGGUACCAGUACGCCAUGAAGAUCGGAGACAUGACCCUAAGGAACAGCUGCUUGCAGUACCUCUCCUGGAACCUGUCAUCGGUGAUCCAGAGUUCAGAGUGGCGCUCCGUCAGUGAGGAGUUGCUGAUGUCCUUAAUGCAGCGCUCUGACCUGGUGCUCCAAAAUGAACUGGAGCUGUAUGAAGCUCUGGAGGCAUGGAUCAGCCACAACCAGCCUGCAGACGCAGUAGCAGAGAAUGCCUUGCAGGCUGUGCGCUACAGCAUGAUAUCGCCACAGCACCUCUUCCGCCUGCAGAAACAAUCACCGCUAAUGCUUAAGUAUCGCGAGUCUGUCCGAGACCUUCUCUUCUUGACCUUCCAGUUCCACGCCGCCUCUCCCAUUCAGCUGGCCAAGUACUUUACCCUCAACAGCAGCCUCUUCAUGCCGCGUAACUACCUGUCGCCAGCCUGGGGCUCGCCGUGGGUGAUCAACAACCCCACACGCGACGACCGGAGCUUCAGCUUCCAGACACAGCUGGGCCCCAGCGGUCACGAUGCGACAAAACGGGUGACGUGGAACGCCCUUUUCUCCCCACGCUGGCUUCCACUCAGCAUGCGCGCCACCUACUCCGACCACGGAUCCUUGCAGCCCACGCGCACAGACGGUGGACUGCCACGUGUAAUCAUCACUCCAGCCAACUCCAGUCCUGACUUUGCUGGCGUGAGCUUCCAGAAGACGGUGAUUGUGUUAGCUCGGCAGCAGGGGAAGGUUGUGGUGCGCCACGUUUACAGCUUCCACCAAAGCACAGAGGAGACCGGCAAUUUUCUCCUGGAUGCCGACCUGCAGCGCCGGGCAUCAGAGUACCUUAUUGACAGCUCUCUCUACCUACAUGUCAUAGUCAAGCCCAUCUAUCAUAGCCUUGUAACAACCAGAAAGUAAAGGCUUAAAUGGGUUCAUUCUCUGAUAUGAAACUCUUUAUCUCUGAGGUCAUACAGUUUACAUUUUUUAAAACUUAUUUUUCCUUUAGCAUAAUCCUAGCAUUAGCAGUGCUGAUUUUAAUGUUUUUAAUGGUAUAAUGGGUUUCACCCAUACAUUUAACCUUAAAAUACAAACUCAUGGUGAAAUUCAUUCCAUAUCCCAGAAGCCUACAUAUAUUACUAAAUGUUUAGUAGUAAAUUAUUUGUACCAACCAAAGUCAAUUAUAUGUAUAGUAUAAUAUUACAUGUAUAGUAUGGAUAUUUUUCUGUCAUUAACAUACUGUUAAGUUAAUGAUAACCAGCUGCGCUACCAUUUUUGUGCUAACCAAAGUUUAAUGUAUUCUCUGUUUAUUUAUCUGCAAUAUAAAGACCUUGAAUAUAAGAUGGUGACAGUGAUGAUUGAGAAUUUAUAUGCCAAGAAGACCAUUGUCUCUGACUUGCUCCUGAAGAAAUGCUAGUACCAUUCACCCUUAGCUUAGUAUUGUUUCAAUAAAGAGGUAAUGUGAAAAA